GCAUGCUGGGUGCAGCCCUGUGAUCCCGCCCUCUCCUGGGCGUGGCCUGGAUGAUUGACAUGUUGUUGUGAUCACAGACCGGUUUAUCCCGGCUGCUGGCUGCUGCCUGGCCUGGUGGCUGCUGCUGGAGAGAUGUGGCCCUCAGGAGCGGCUGGGGCCCCUGGUCUCCAGCGAGGCUGUGUUACAGGGUAAGGUGGAGGAAUGCUGAGCUCAGGGUGGAGUAUCAUGGGACAUGCUACAUGUGUGACCUGGCUGUGUGUACAUGUCACCUCUGGGGCAUCAUGGGAAAUGUAGUCCAGAACAUCUGGAGUGCAUUAUAAUAUCCCUGUGUAGGCUGUCAGUUAUUAUUAUUAUUGUAUGUAUACUGAAAAUGCUAUAUAUAUAAUGUAUAUAAUGUGUUUUAUAUAUGAAUGAAAAUGUAUAUCUGUGUGUAGAUGCAAUGUGUGUGUGUGUGUGUGUCUGUGUGUCUGUGUGUGUGUGUGUGUGUGUGUGUGUGUGUGUGUGUGUGUGUGUGUGUGUGUGUGUGUAUAUAUAUAUAUAUAUAUAUAUAUAUAUAUAUAUAUUUAUUUAUUUAUUUUUUCAUUUUUUUUAUUAUUAUUUAUUUUAUUUAUGGGACAUGUAGUCCAAAGUAUUUGGAGUGUUAUAACCCUUGUUUUAAAAUGUUCAUGCUGUAUGCUGGCUGUGUGUGCUCUGUGUCUGUUGGACUCUGUUAUUACUCAUUGUAUAUGGAGAAUGUAGUGUAAAUGUGCUCACUACAUAGUACGUCUGCUCUUUUAUAUGUUGUAGUUGUUUUAGUGUAUAUUUGAAAACGUUGUGUGUUUGUGUGUAUACGUGUUUGUUUAGGAGCGUGGAAUAAAUACAGCGCUACGGAAUUUGUUGGCGCUAUAUAAAUAAUAAAACAAUAAUAAUAAUAAUAAAUAGACUGUCAAGGUAAAUUCACUUAGGGUUAGUCACCGAGCAUUCAGCGUUAAUUUCAAAUUUAAAAGCAUAAAAAUAACCAGAUUGUAGAAAAAUCAGCUACGCUAUUUGGAUACUUUUUGGCUUAAAAUUUUAAAUUCACCUAUGUGGAUUUUCACUUUAUUGAAUGAACCUGUCAAGUGUGAAUUGCUCGGAACCCAAAGUCGAUUUUCAAGUUGUAGGGUAAAAUAGCCAUGCGGAAACCUUGGUCUAAAUAUAAAACUCGCUUUCAGGGUCGCUUACUACACUGAGAAUUUGAAUUCCAGAAAAAAAAUUGCCAAACUUAAAACUUUCUCUAAGUCAAUAAUGUGUUCAGUAUUGGAAUGAAGUGAAUUAGAAUUUACUUUAAAUUCUCACUUAGGUGACUAACCUUGUUUGAAAUCCCUGUCGUUCACACUCGUGAAUAACCUGGUGUAUACUUGUAGUUUGUGUGAUGCUGUUUGUUAUUAUACUGUUGAGCAGAAUGAUGUAUGUGGACUGCAUAAUGUCGGGCAUAUGGUGUGGUUAGUUGCUGUGAGUGUGUGAACUUAGUAUACACUGUGUAUAUAAACACAUCACUAAUCAAACAUAUGUGAGUGUGUUUAGAGUAGACUGUGUAUAACAAUGUGUCCAUAUGGUUAGUAUACUGUUGUGUUGGGGGUUAUUUUUGUUAAAAUACAAUACUUUUUUUUUAAUCAGUAGAGUAAAGUUUUGCAAUAUACAAUGUUUACUUGGUGUACCAGUAUUGUGUGUGUGUGUGUUGGCCAUGCGUUUCAACAGUAUGUUCUCUUUAGGUGCGUUUAUGUAAAGAAUAAAGAAGAGAAUGUGUUCUAUAGAGCUUUGCGUGAUUAAAAAAACCAACAACAGUUUUAUUCACUAAACUGGACAGUUAAAAGAAGAGAAUUGCAAAAUUUAGGCUGAUUUCGCUCAAUUAGAACAUUUCUAAAACUCAACAUUUCUUAGUUACGUGAUCGAACGCAUGUUUUAAAAUCUGUUUGUAACUUUUCUCUCUCUCUUUAACAGUCACCAAUGGAAUGGUGCGUGUUGUCACCUGUCACCACAAAGAGGGAAUAUCUGAACCCCCCAUCAGACAGCAGGUGAGCAUUUUUUUUUUACGGUGGUUUAACUUCAGAUGUUCAUCGAUUAUUUUUCUGCUCUCCUAGUGAGUUUCCCAUCAUUAGUCCCAGCAGUGAAUGUCUUGCUAGAUCAGCCUUGUUAUCAUUGAAAUGCACCACCAGUGAGCCGUGCCUGCCCCAGGGCUGGGUGGGACGAGAUAAGUGAAUGGGAGGAUGGUGCCCUGCCUCUGGGAGCUAGUGAGGUGUUAAAUUUGUUAUACAAUGUCUCUUCUUUUCCCAUCAUCCUCCUCUUCUAUUACAUAUCUCACUUCCAAAAUAUCUUCACCUCUUUCUACUUUUCCUACCUCCCCACUAUUUCCUCCUUCUGUUGUGGCAGGAAUGGCGGUGGAGGAGCCCACAUCCCCCACGUGUGGGAUCACCCCAUUUCAGCAGAUUCUGGCCUCUGGCACCGGAGCACUUCUCACAUCUCUCUUUGGUAUGAUAUGUGUGUGUGAUAAUGGGGGAUGGAGUAGUCGGGGCACUUCCUGUUGUCAUACAAAGUUUGCUAUUCUGAUCAUCUUGUGUUUUAUCUCUCAAAUUCUACGUGCAUGCAGUGACCCCACUGGAUGUUGUAAAGAUCAGACUUCAAGCACAGAAGAAGCCCAUUUCCAAAGGUAAGCUCUGCAGGAAACAGCUUUCCCUUUAACUGCUUUCCUCCCUCACACUCGGCAAAGCAUACCCCUUAUUCAUCAUUCCUUAUUUUGGGGUGGGUGUAUAUAUAGUCUUUCUAUUCUCAAUAGCUAACUGGUAUUAACGUGUUUGCACAGCAUGCCUAAUAACCCCUGCUAUUAAUAGAAUAUGCAUAUGUCUGAUACUAAAUAUAUUAUCUGUAUAUACAACAUGCAUAUUUGGGCUUUCCCUAAUUUAUUUUCCUCUUGUGUUGCAGUGUUGUCUGUAAAGUCCCUUCCCUGGGCACCCCCCAUGCGCCAUCCCAAAUGUGAGUACACAAAGCCAUCCUACUUUGGAAUUCAUUUGCAAAGAUCGCCUGUUUCAUCUAGACCCUGCCCAUUACCUGCCCCACGUCAUUUUUAGGCAUACCGCUGCCCACUGUGUUUACUAAUACUGCCAUUUAGUUCCCUGGCUUCAUCCCAUGUGUACUGACACAGCCGAGCAAUUCAUUGUACACGUGGACUGUCUCUAUGUGAGAAGUUUAUUUUUUUUAGGGAAUAACAGCUUAUCAAGUGCUGGUUAUUUCCUUAAUGCAUAAUAAGAUCAUACACCAUGUGUUUUAUUGUGUCUGCAAUUUCCUCCAAUAUGUACUUCAGUUGUGUGUGUGUUGCAUCCCCCAGUUUGUGCUGAGUGCGACUGUUUUGUUACACUUGAUAUAUACUGAGCUUCUGCUACUGUGUUCUGCAGCUAACUUAGAAAUGAUCAAUUAAUGCCCCUCGAGCAGUUUAGUGUUCGUGACGACGUUAUGUCACUGUCUCUUCUGACCCAUAGAAUUAACCUGACCAGGUAUCUUUGCUGCGUACCCCUUGUCUAUACAGUAUGCCCGACUAUUAUAGCUUUGCAAGCUGCCCAUGGCCCACAUUCUAAAUAUGGACUUUACUCCAGCCUCGUUAAAAGUCAUCUCAGAUAGUGCUGUUAAUGCACUUGUUGAAGACGUCCUUGCUGCUGAGUUUUAGGGUUUGACAGCUUUCGCCCCUCUUGAUUACGCACUGGUGCUACGUGUCCGCUCCCAGUCUUGAUGUGUAUUAUCUUCUACUUCUCCAGAAUAUGCUCUGAUAGUUUGCUCCAGUGUACUGGUGCUGUGUGUCUGUCCUGCUCUUAAAAUAUAAUUAGACUAAAUCUCUCUUUCCUUACAACCGUUGCCCAGGGCGCUGUUUCCUGUACUGUAAUGGGCUGAUGGACCAUCUGUUUGUGUGCCAGCAUGCCACAGUCUGCAGUUCUUGGUACCGGGCACCCAUGCAUUUUCAUGGCACCUUGGUAAGAAGGAAUAGAGCAUUAAACACAAGUCAUGUGAUUACAAGAAUUAAUCAUGGGCAUUGAAUGGGAUUUUAGUGAUUGGACAGGUUGCAUAUAGAACCUGAGAGCAUGAGAUCUCGGUAUGCCGUGGUCUGCUAGUUACAUAAAUAGAAUUGAUUUCAACAAAAUGUAACACUUGCAGUAUUUGUUAGAAAAUACUUAAAGGAACACUCCAACAACCAUAACCACUCCAAGACUUCAGCUGAAUGCUCUCAACCAUUGGACGCAGCCCUAUUCUGGCAUGACUUAGCUCAGUGGCAGAGCUUUCGACUGCAGAGGAGGCAGCGGUUGACCCCAGGUAAGUUGUCAGACCCCAUGCUGUAGUGGUUAUGGUUCUUGGAGUGCUCCUUUUUUAAACUUAAUUGUAUUUCCUUGCAAUUCAAGUGAUGUAGAACAAAGCAGGAAUGUACCUUCUUGCAUAGCACUUUUUUUUUAUUUUUAUAUAUCUCUGGAGUCCUACAUUUGAGUGAAUAAAUAGUGCAGUAUGAAGGCAAAAUGCUUUAGAACAAAAUAUAUUAAAGACCCAUACACUGUAAACUGCCUAACUCUGUAAAAUAAUAAUUUAUAAAUGUGUAUUUUUUUGCUCCCUUUGUCACAAUGGUGUUUAAUUCAGGUGUCUGUGGCAUACUUUCUAAUUUUUAUCAUCCAACAUACAGGAUGCUUUUGUGAAAAUCACACGCCAUGAGGGGCUGACCUCCCUUUGGAGCGGGCUGCCGCCUACAUUGUGAGUAUGGAAUGGUCUAUUAAAGAUUAGAACUUAAAAGAGUACUCCAGGCACCAUAACUAAUUCAUCUCAAUGAAGUGGUUAUGGUGCCUGGAGUCUCAUGGUUCCUGCUUGCCAUCUUGUGUUAAAACAUUUUCCAACAUUUUUAACGCAAGUGAUGCCCACAGCUUCCUCUAUCACUGCUUGGGCUAAUGCGGAAGCAUCACUGGAUGCCAAUCGCGAAUACUGGUUGAAGGAACACCCAAAGCACCAUAAUCAUUACAGCUCCAAAUAGUGGUUAUGGUGAUAGGACUACCCUGGCGCUUUUCCAAAGUAAUUACCUGGCUCUCCUUGGGCCCCUGCAGCCACACAGCCUGCUUCUAUAUUUUCCUUGCUGGAGAAUCCAGUUGGUUCCACUGAACUAAGUUGCUAAAUUCAGAUAAAUACGACGAUGACUUGGCCCUAGUUUCACUAUGUGAUCUUCUGAUUAUGUUAUGAUCAGUUUUGGUUGUGCGAUGUUGACCUCCAUGCUCUUUGUUGCCCCCUUCAGGGUGAUGGCUGUACCUGCUACCAUUAUAUACUUCACUUGUUAUGAUCAAUUGCGAGAUUUCCUGCGCUAUGGGAUGGGAUACAAUGGAAGCCAUAUUCCUCUUAUUGCUGGAGCAGCAGCUAGAUGUAAGUGCAUUGGAGAAGGCCUGUCUUAUAUAUUAUUUUUAUUUUUUGUGUGUGUUUUAAUUUUUGAGACAUCAAUAUUUUUAAUGCCUGCCUCUCUGUUUCAGUGGGGGCAGUUACAGUGAUCAGUCCGCUGGAAUUGAUCCGUACAAAGAUGCAGUCGCGGCAACUCUCUUACAUGGAACUGGGGGUAUGUCUGCGAUCUGCUCUCUCUCAGGAUGGAUGGCUGUCUCUUUGGAAGGGAUGGGGGCCUACUGUGAUGAGAGACGUUCCAUUCUCUGGUAGAUAAAUUACUAUCUUUUUGUUAUACUGUAUUAGCUUUAUUUUUUCUUUACAUGAAAUCUUUCAAUUAGCUGUUUUUAUUUAGAUGAAUUCCUCCUAUUACUCCAUAUAACCUCUCUCUAUAACUCCUCCUAUUACUCCAUAUAACCUCUCCCUAUAACUCCUCCUAUUACUCCAUAUAACCUCUCCUUAUAACUCCUCCUAUUACUCUAAAUAACCUCUCCCUAUAACUCCUCCUAUUUCCCCAUAUAUCCUCUCCCUAUAACUCCUCCUAUUACUCCAUAUAACCUCUCCCUAUAACUCCUCCUAUUACUCCAUAUAACCUCUCACUAUAGCUCCUCCUAUUACUCCAUAUAACCUCUCUCUAUAACUCCUCCUAUUACUCCAUAUAACCUCUCCUUAUAACUCCUCCUAUUACUCCAUAUAACCUCUCUAUAACUCCUCCUAUUACUCUAAAUAACCCUCUGUAUAACUCCUCCUAUUACUCAUUUACCCUCUCCCUAUAACUCCUCCUAUUACUCCAUAUAACCUCUCUCUAUAAUUCCUCCUAUUACUCUAUAUAACCUCUCCCUAUAACUCCUCCUAUUACGCCAUAUAACCUCUCCCUAUAACUCCUCCUAUUACUUUGUAUGAUCUUUUUCUAUGUGAUCCCAUUCCUCUUCAUAGCGUUGUACUGGUUUAAUUACGAGCUGGUAAAGAAGAAGCUGAGUACCUCGUGGACCAUUACAGAGUCUCCAUUCCUGAUCAGCUUUACUGCAGGAGCCGUGUCUGGAUCUGUAAGUCCGUUUCCUAGUCACUUUCUGUUUCUUCCAAACUCUGCAGAACCGGCUUCCUAUCCCACAUUCUGCCUUUACCUGAUCUUCUUGUCUAACCUCCAAUGCCUAAUAAUCCCCUCUCCUGCAUUAUAUCUCUAGGUGGCAGCAAUCCUCACUCUGCCUUUUGAUGUCGUAAAAACUCAGAGACAAAUAGAACUUGGGGACCUUAAAACAGGUAAGAAGACUGUUGUGAAGGGGGGGUGGGGUGGCAUACCCUAGAGUACAUUUAAAAAACAAACAAACUGUCUAGCGCAGUGUAUAGAUAGAAUUGUAGCAUAUAUGACAUUGGUUCUUUUUGAACAGGUUCGGUGCGUGGGGACCCAUUUUACCAUUGUAACAUUUUGCUAGGGAACCAUUGCUUUAUUUUUAGUAUUAAGAUUUAAGAAUUUCCUUAGACUAUUUCCAUACUUUUGUUAUUAUUUAGAUAGUCCAUAUAUUUUGUAGAACAGUACAAUAGAGGGAAUACAUACAAAUAAUAAUACAAAAAGGGGCAGAGGACUCUGCCAGAGAGCUUGCAAUCUAGAUAAUACAGUAUUUAUACAAAGUGCAUAGCAAGAUGACUUGGGAGCUUACAAUCUAAAGGAAUCUCUGGAAGCAGUGAUAUUACAAUAAAUUUUAUGUGUGUAGUUGCCUGAGACCUGGACGAAUAAGAUGGGUUUUUGCAAAAAGAUAAGAAAUUGGUAAUCUGUGAAAUGCUACCAAGGUAUUUGGGUUGUCAAUGCAAUUCAGUUAUCUAUCUGUCGUGGGGAAAUCUUCAUAUUCAAAAUAUUGCAAUAAACUUAGAAACCUGUAAUUGAAAACAAUGCAAUCCCCCUGGAAGCCACUCGUUUCCAUGGUAACUGCUACACUCCGUGCUUCCACUAAACCAUGCACUGCACACUUUAGUUAUUUAUUUAACAGAUUUAGAAAUUCCAUAGUUACGUUACUGUAAAUAAACUGUAGGAUUUUUAUUUAUUAGAAACCUUAUCCUUAUAAAUAUAGUUUUAUAGUUUUGGCAAUCAUUCAUACUGAUGUUAAUUUUAACUUUCUUUGAUGGUCAUUCUACUAAUCUAUUGCACCAUUAACCUUUGAACAAAGUCUUUAAACAUCUAAAAAUAAUUUCAGAUCAAUGUGCAGGCCAGUUAGUGUGGGGCUGUAAAUUGUCCUAUUGAUCACAAUGUGCCUGUCUAGCGCUUUAUCACACAGAUCCCUUUACAAUUGCCUCAUUGCUGUAAUCUAUACAAUUUGUGAAACAGUUAGAUCUGCUGCAUAGUAAAGUUGCAGAAAAGACGAAGAGCAGGGUUUAAAGGCUACAAAACACUGUUACCAUUAGCUGCCCAAGUAACUACUGUACCUCCUUAAAACACACAUACCUACUUCAAAAUGUAUAGGUUUUAAUGGCACACAGAUAAAAGCAGAUUUUGGUUCUGGGAGGUAGAUAAAAUUGUUAGGAACUUGGCUUACUGUUAUUUAGAACAUCCUUGAGCCUUGAAAAGGCCUGAGGAACAUUUUGGUGGGUUUUGAAAUUGCAUGAAGCUCGCUCUGCCUUAGGUAAAAAAGAGGGGGUUGUCUCAUGAUUCAGUAUCUUAUUUUCAUUUUAAAAUAGUGAAUUGGGCUACCGAAAUAUAAAAUAGAGCCUUGUUCACCUUAUCUUAUUCAGGUAUUUUUUCCUACUUAUAUGUCUAGUGUAAAAUUUGUAAUUUCAGUCUGCAGUUUAAAGCACUUUGCUUUUAUAAAGUGACAAUGUGGCACUAUAACCAAUUCAAUUGGAUGAAAUGGUUAUAGUUCCUGGAGUCCCCUGACACUGUUCCUUCCUUCAUUGUUAAACCAUUUUCAAGCAGUUUAACACUAAAUAGGGGAUCUUGACUACCCACUGCCCUGCCUCUUGACUACCCACUGCCCGGCCCCUAUCAGAAUUAUAGUUAAGGAGGAGAUGACUACAUCCUUGUUGUCAUACCCGCAUUAGGCGCUUUGAUAUUUUAAAAUCUGUCAGCUAACACUCUCAGCCAAUAACACAGCUGCCCAGGCUAAUCAUAUUAGCCCAUCCAGCAAAAAUUGGAUGAGCCGCUGGGGUACUCUUGUUUAAAACCUAGAAACGUUUUAACACGGAAUGAAUGGACGGCAUUCCUAACACACUAUUCUGUUCAAAAAGAUAAAGCCGCUUCAGUGCUUAGUGUCCCUUUAAAUAAAUAAGUUUUUAAAAGAAAAACAAGUGGUGUCUAAAUAUUUUUUUUUUUUUUUUCUCUUCCCAGGCCCAUCGAGACAGCAGAGAUCUUCGACCUGGGGGGCAAUGCGUACAAUCCGUGCAGAAUUUGGAACCCGAGGACUUUUUACAGGUAAAUCCAAUUAAUCUGCCUUCUCCUCAGAUGUAUCUCCUUUACGUUUAUAACGUCUCUGACUGUUUAAUUCUUCCAUUUCUCAUUGUCAGGAUUCAUGCCCCGUGUCAUUAAAGUGGCUCCAGCAUGUGCCAUUAUGAUCAGUUCAUAUGAAUUUGGGAAGAACUUCUUCCAGCAGCGCAACCAGGAAAAAUGCACAAAUAUCUGAGAUUUGAGCUCUAGAAAAGCAGGACAAACUCUGCGUCCUUUUGAAACUAUGCUCUGGAUUUCCCACCUUGCACAGAGUAAACAGGCUUUUUAAACAUUCGAUUAUACCAGGAAUUUUCAGAAACAUGUAAGCAAUCCAGUGAAAUGCAGCUGUAGAAAGCGAAACGCGUUUUCUAGAUCCCGACCAAGAAACCACAACAGCUGUACAUCUUACACGUAGCUAUGAAAUCACUGAUCUGUCUUAAAUACGGGACAUGGACAAAACAAUGGAAGCGCCAUCUAGAAAAUAAGUUUAACUAAAUCACAAGUAGAAAUGUUGUUGAGUCACAUUAGUUUCUUAUUAAUUUAGCCGUAUGAGUUGCUUCUAAAACAAUUGGCACUUGGAUAUUUAUUUUUCAAAGCGGGCAGGAAACUAACCAUUCAAAUUAGGCUAACGAAAUUGUAUAUGAAUUACAGAUCCUUUAGUCACAAAAUUUGUGAAAUUAUUUACUGUAUCAAGGAGAACCGUAUCAACCGAAAUAGCUCUACUUUCUAUGAACACAGAGCGGAAUCUUUGUAACGAAGUCUCAACGAAGCUUGUGGGUCAAAUGAAUAUAAAUGCUGAAGUUUACAGCAGGACUGCCUCUCAGUAGCCGCUAAUAUCUAAAGACCACGCACAAAGAUGCAUAACUUGGUAUAAGGAGCACAAAACCCACAAGAACAGUGGAACAAAUGUGUUCCUAUGGGUCGUCUUUCACCAUGUUUCUCCGCAGUCCGGUGGGCUUCUAGUAACGGCACUAGCACUAUAGUGCGAGUCUUAAGGUCAGGUGAUUGCUCUGAAUGGCGAAGCUCUAAGAUGCCUUUUGUUUUGUUUUUUUAAGAACUUCGUGCCUACCAUGGUGCAAUCACUGUAGCUUGAUGAAGUUCUUGCAUUGGAGGAUAAUUAAGUCCCCAUCCAUAUUGAUAAACAAAUUCAAGAAUGGUAAUCCAAUAAAUGUCAUGGGCUCGCCAAUUACCAUGUCCAAAUAUAACUAAAAUGUUAUGGGACAUUCUGGAGUGUGAAUUUAGAUCUUCAUCUUUCCAACAACUUUGUACAUAGCGAUGUAUUUCACCAACCUUCAAGCCUGUUUGAGGGGUGUUAAAGAAGCAUUGGAACUGAUCUGGAUGUAAAGUGUGGCCCUACUGCCUUUUAGCUGUUUUAAAAAUGGUGUUUCCAUUGAUUUUUGUCCACCAUCUUGUCAUAUCUGGUGGAAAGGGACUUUGAUAAAAGAGCUUAAACUAAAUUCUAUAGGCAUUAUGUUUUUACCAAUAAUAAUCACAAGUCUGUAGCUGGCUGUGAUAAUGAAUCUAGAAUUCAUUAAGAUUUUAUAAAUGGGUAUCAUAGAAACCUAGUCAAAAAGCUGUGGUACUGGGAACAAACCACUUGAUCCACAAUUACAGUGUGUAGAACUUCAGGAACACUAUCGUAGGGCUUUCCAAUAUUGAACUAGAAGAUUCCUGUACAAAAACAAGAAAACCAAAGAACUUCUCUACAGUCCCAUUCGUUUUUGCAUAAUCUCACAGUCUGCUGCCGUGUGACUGCAUUGAAACACGAGCUACAAAAAUAGAUGGACUUCUGGUUCCAAGUGAACCUUGGUCUUCAACAUGGAAUUGUGGCUGAAGAGCUAAUGAUUGAGGACUGAUAUUCUAGAAAAACUGACAGUGGAACCAGACUAGGAAUCACAAGACUUCUCUCUUAGAGAACAAAAAAAAAAAAAAGUUUGGACUUAAAGUUGUCUGUUGAAAGUCUAGAAUACCGAACUUGGUUCUAGAAAGAUGUCUGGUCUCCCAAGAUUUCAAGUUCACCUAUUGAUCUUCUCUUUCCUGAAAGUCCUUGCCUACCGCACUUCCUUUUCCUCCACCUAAAUCUAAUGGGCAGAUGUUCAGCAGAAGCACCAUGCAUGAUCAGGUCUCCUAGAAGUGCCUACACCCUAUAUUUAGGUAGCAACUAAUUUGUUUCAGUUGACCUAAUGAUGCAUCUUAAGUCAGGGAGGGUAAACUGGUAUGUAUACCCCUUUUCAUUCCAAAUCAAAAAUUGUGUUUGUAAGGGGUUUCAAAAUUUGUAUUGUGGCAGUGCCCUUUUAUCCGCACUAUUGCCAACAAUGUGUGAUGUUUUUCCAUCUUUUUUUUUUUUUUUUUCAGUUUUAAGCCUUUUAAGUGCCAAGCUGUGGGAAAUAAGUUGCCCUCACCUUUGCUUUUAAAGGGUUGUGAAUUAUUUUCACGUGGUCACUAUGUUAACAUGCUAUAUGCUCUAGCAAAAGUCAGAAACUUGCACCCAAGCCAAAUCUGAUAACACAUCCAAAUUAUGUCCAGUUUAAACACAUUAAAAUCCCCAAGUUUUCAUUCCAGAAACAAAAAACACAUCUAUUGAACGGAUUUCUUAUAGAUAUUUAAACUAUCUCCUAUACGUGUAAUGUAAAUCCUACCAGUAAUCAAUUCCCUUCCUCUACUAAAAGCAAAGCACGUUUUAGUGACUGUGUUAAUAUUUUUUUGUUUUACUUGUGGAGAAUUGUGUUAUAGACUUUGGCUGUUGGAAUUUCUGACUUUGGCCACAACAUAUGUAUUCCUUUUUGUAUCAGAAAUAUGCAUUCCAGAAUCUGACCAUCGAACAGGUUGCAUAGAGGGCAUCGAUUAUUGAUCAGUACAGACAGAAAAUUUGUUUAUCAUACCACUGACGUUCGUGAACCUGCAGGCUCAUAAUGUGUGAAUUGUUAGGAAUUCCAAGUAAAUUUCACGUGGUCGGUCAUGGAAACAUAACAUAACUUAGUUUCAGAUAUUUCACACUUUAAUGAACAACCCGGUUUGUAACUUGUAAAGUGGCAUGGGUUCCUUCACUGCACAAGAACCAGGUACCUUUGAAAUCAUAGGUGUAAAUCAAGUAAUUAUUUUAUUUUUUUGUUUGUUUCAGCUUGUUAAGCUUUGGCGUAACUGUCCUUUUAAAUGUGUCACUGCCAGUCCAGUUUCCAUUCAGCAGGGACUGCACUUAGUGUAACUCAGGCUUAGCACUGCCUACAUUGCAGGCAUAGGGGGCAGCGCAGAGCUUUUAACUGCAGCGCAGUCGUUGUAAGAGUACAUUAUCUCGCUGAGGUGUUACUCUGGGGGGGAUAUUGGGAAUAGGGGUUAAAUAAUUAAAUAAAUGGGUGGCAAGUACUGUACAUAGUGUGAUCACAGCGAAAUUACGUAGCUAACCUCCAAACACACUGGAAACACUGACUUUUUAAAAUUGCAUUUUGUUUAAACCAUAUGUUUAAAGUAAAUGCUACCCAGCCCGAUGUCUUUACAUAUGUGUUGCAAGUAAGUUGACCUUAAUCACAAAGUAGCAAGCAUUUAUUCAUUGCUAUGGCCAAUUUUGAGCCUAAAAUGUUCACAUCAUUUUGGCGUUGAUCCAAAAUUCUCAGUUUAGUGAAUAAGCCAGGAACCAAUAGCAUGUAUAUAAAUAGUUUUAUAUACAUUAUUUACCUGCACAAGACUGGACAACUCCCUUUUUAGCACCAUGUUUUUGGGGUAUUUAGUACAGAGUUGAAGCACACUUUGACUUCUAAGAGCUAUGCAGUUGUCCAGCCCUUUAUAUAUAUUUUGCCUGUCUGUGUUUUUUUUUGUUUUUUUGUUAAUUCUGCUGUGGAAUAAAACCCACCACCCUCCAGCUGCUCACCUCCCUAGGAGUAAGACACACACACAGUUGUGAUAAAUGUACAUUAAAAAUAAAAGUGCAUUUAAUGCAUUGUGAUUUAUUUAUUUUUGUCUCUGCGUUUUGCCUAACACGUGAAAUGUAGUGCCCUGCAGUUUGUAGAAAUCGUAUGCAGCAGAUUCCGCAAUGACUUGAUUGCACUAGCACAACAUUCCUCUUAAACAUACAGCGUGACCGCAUUAAUCACGUGGUGUGGAUUGAUCUGUAUAUAUGUACAAAAAACAUGGUGGCACCACUAUAUGCAGGGCUGACAUUCAUUAACCCCUUAAGGACACAUGACGUGUGACAUGUCAUGAUUCCCUUUUAUUCCAGAGGUUUGGUCCUUAAGGGGUUAAAGGAUUACACUAAGCAUUAUUGUUAGUCUGCUGUAGGUAUGAUGCAAGGAGCACCCUGCCCUAGUUCCCUGGCACUGGGGCAAACAGUUUAGCAACAGUUUACCCUCCUUACCUGGGACUCUGCCAGGCUCUGAGACACCCUAGUAGUCCAGUGACACACUUUGUUCUAACGGGUCCAGUUGAUUACCUUUUCCCAGCAUGCUUUUGGAGGGCCUAAGUCUGAACUGUAUGUUCUGCAUUUCAAAGCGAAAUGUUGCUCAUAUAGACUUCAGAUCACUGAAGUGGUCAUGGUGCUUGGAGCAGCCCUUCAAGGCAAUUCAAAAUUUAACUUUUAUCUUGCAUAAUGCUACCAACUGGUAUAAAUGAAUUACAGGACAUAGGCAAAGCAAAAAAAUCAAAAUCAGUAUAUUGAGCCUGCUUCUACCACGUUCAACUUCAUGUAACAUGACAGAGAGCUGUAAUAUUGAUUUCUGUGCAAAUACAUACACGCAUUUAGAUAAUCAUUAAACUGUGGAUUAUCAGGAAUUGGUAAACUUGCAAAACCUAAACCUAAUUAGAAAUUAUUUGAACUCCUUUGCCUAAUUCCCUCUUCUAUUCACUAUACAGUGACCUGGAGGGAUUGAGAACAAUUG